AUGGCGUCGCCCGCCGCCCAGCCGCAGGCGCGCCGCGGCCCCGGCCCCCUGGCAGCCCGACGAGCGGCCUCCCGCUGCCCAUCCUCGCCACCCACGUGCAGCGGCCGGCCGGCCCGCCAGCCAUGCGUCCAGGUCAGGGCCGCCGUGGCGAAUGGCGCCACAGAUCCCAAGAAGCGCGUGGUCGUGACUGGCAUGGGGGUGGUUUCGUGCCACGGCAACGACGUGGACGCGUACUACGACGCGCUGCUGGAGGGCCGCAGCGGCAUCGCGGAGAUCACGCGGUUCGACGCCAGCGAGUUUCCUGUGAGGUUCGCGGGCCAGAUCAGGGACUUCGACGCAGAGGGCCUCAUCAGCAAGAAGAACCUGCGGCGGUACGACGACUGCUGGAAAUACUCCACGGUGGCGGGGCGCAAGGCGCUGCAGGACGCGGGGCUGGACUCGGGCCAGGAGGACGGGGAUUACGGCAGGGUGGACAAGGGUAAGGUGGGGGUGUUGAUAGGGUCGGGGAUGGGCGGCCUGUCAGUGUUCGAGAGCGCCGUGACGACGCUGAACACUGCGGGCCUGCGCCGCAUGUCGCCCUUCUUCAUCCCCUUCGCGAUCACCAACAUGGGCGGCGCGCUGCUGGCCAUCGACGAGGGCUUCAUGGGCCCUAACUACUCGAUCUCCACCGCCUGCGCCACGGCCAACUACGCCUUCGUCUCCGCGGCCAACCACAUCAGGCGCGGUGACGCGGACGUGAUGGUCUGCGGCGGCACGGAGGCGCCCGUGACCCAGGUCAGCCUGGGGGGAUUCAUCGCCUGCCGGGCGCUGUCCUCGCGCAACGACGAGCCGGAAAAGGCGUCCAGGCCGUGGGAUGCGGGCAGGGACGGGUUCGUGAUGGGCGAGGGCGCCGGCGUGCUGGUGCUGGAGAGCCUGGAGCACGCACAGGCCCGGGGGGCGAAGAUUAUUUGCGAGUACCUGGGCGGGGCGACCAAUUGCGACGCCCAUCACAUGACGGACCCGCGGCCGGACGGGUCUGGGGUGUCGAGCUGCAUCCGGGCCGCGCUGGACGACGGGGGCGUGGAGGCGGAGAGGGUGAAUUACAUCAACGCCCACGCCACCAGCACGGUGGUGGGGGACGUCGCGGAGGUGGCGGCCCUGCAGAAGGUGUUCCCGCACUACGGGUCGAUGAGUAUGAACGCGACCAAGUCGAUGAUCGGGCACUGCCUGGGGGCGGCGGCGGGCGUGGAGGCGGUGGCCACGAUCAAGGCGAUCACCACGGGCUGGCUGCACCCCACGCUGAACCAGGAUGACCUGGUGGACGAGGUGGGGGCGAUCGACACGGUGCCCGGGCAGAAGAAGCGGCUGGACGUCACCGCCGCCAUAUCGAACUCGUUUGGGUUCGGCGGCCACAACUCGGCGGUCAUCUUCGCUCCGUUUGAGGAGUGA